GUCACUUUCUUUUUCUCCCUGUCUUCUUCUCCCAGACAGCAGCAGCCCAUGCCGUCCUUCCUCUGGUUCUGCACGGCGACCAGCAGGGAGCUCAGCUCCUUCUUGCCAUGGCGCUAGGCACCCAUGUAGCAGGGACAGCGCCCUUCCUCCCUGCUCCUCCCUUGCGCAGGCCUGCUUCAGCCGAGUCCCCUUCUUCACGGCAUUCGGCAGCAGGGAGACUUUCUUCCCACGGCUGCAGCAAGCAGCUCUGCUCGCCUCCUCCCCAUGGCGCCUCCACCUCCCUGCGUGCUCUCUGCCCCUUCUGUCUUGGCGAGCUGAAGCUCUCCCAUGGUGUGGCCGAGCAGCAGCUCCCCCUCCCCUCGCCCCUGCUCUCCUCUGGCCGGACCGACCCCCCAGUUCGAGCGGGUGAGCUGUCGUCGCCCAUGGCGCCCAGCGCAGGGAGCUCCCUCCCUCUCCAAUGCAGCAGCACGUGAGCUCGCCCCCUUCCUCCUUUUCCCUAGUGCGGCAGCAGGGAGCCCCUGCUUGGACAGCAGCCAUGGCAUCCAAGUUCUCUACGCGGCGAUGCCGGUCCAAAAACAGCAGCCCCGGAUCCCCUCCGCAUCGCGUGCUUCACUCGAUCUGCGCAGUCUCGACCCACGCCGUCGCGUUGGUGUUUGGGGGACAGCCCAUGCCGCGUCGUCGAUCUGCGCAGAUCGACCGUCUACGCGUCUCACGUCGCCGGAUCUGCGCAGCCCCAUCCGCGAUGCCGUCGAAACCCGUGCUAGCCGUCAAUUGCCAUUCGUCGCGCACGCGUGUUCGAUACAAGACCGGUCGGGUGAACCACGUGCUUGCACAACUCAACUCCGAUCCCGUUCAGGACCGAGAGAGGAUGAUCGUGCAAGUGCUGUGGUGCCACCCACAAGGUGCAGUCAGUGGACGACACAAGGAAGGAUGGACUUAACCAUUGGAUGCUCGCCAAGCGAGUACCCACCCCAGCAAACACUAUCUAAAUGCUAAA